AUGCAUCCGACGCUCAGCAUGGAUGCCCGCAGCGUGAAUGCCUACAUCUGCCUGUUCACUGUCGCAUCGAUCUUGGGCGGUGCCCUGGCCUCCGCUACCGCUAGAGAGCCUGUAGGUCUCGUCGAAAGCCAUACCUACGAUAUGCAAGUGGAACCCGACGGGCGCAUGAUGAGGCGCCAUGCCACUCCUCAAGUCCCCGACACUGUGCCAGCCUGGGCCAGCAUCAGUCCGCACGGAAGGGUCGAUGAGCUUGGAUCGCAGGGUUGGAUAAGGCGACAGCCAACUCAGCUACCCGAACCUGGGCAGGUGUCAGCGCCGCCCUCGACCCUAGCGCCGCCACCUGGCGCUGGCGCCGCCCUUUACGACGACAAGGUUGACCCCUCGCCUGCGCCAGCGCCACUGCCGGCUGCGCCGGCGCCUCCUCCGCCAGUGGCGGUCGUUGUCCCGCCUGCGCCGCCACCGCCGCCAGCGCCUGCGCCGGCUCCUGCGCUGGUACUGCCAGCUCCCGCCAUUGCGCCGGCACCACCGCCGGUGCCCGUGCCCGCACUGGUACCGCCGUCGCCGCCCGCACUUGCGCCAGCACCAGCAGUGGCAGCCACCCCAGCACUUGCGCCAGCACCUCCGCCCGCGCCCGCACAGGCACCGCCGCUGCCGCCGCCGCUGCCGCCCCCCGCGCCUGCGCCGGCUCCAUCCCCGCCGGUGGCGGUCGUUGUCCCACCACCGCCGCCUACAGCAAACGCAACUGCUCCACCACCAUUGCCAGCAUCGGCGGCAGGGAACGCCACUGCACCGCCUGCGCCUGCCGCCAAUGGGACUUGGACGCAGCCGCCGCCAGGCGCUUUCAACUCCUCCAGCAGCUCGAACGCCCCCUCGGCGGGCGCUGCCGCAGGGAACACCACCGCGCCGUCGACGCCAGCCAUCAAUGGGACCGAGACGCAGCCGCCGCCAGUCGCUUCCAACGCAUCCAGCAGCUCGAACGCCUCCUCGGCGGGGGCUGCGGCAGGGAACGCCACGGCGCUGGCGACCCCAGCCGCCAAUGGGACCGCGACGCAGCCGCCGGUCGCCUCCAGCAGCUCGAACACAUCCAACGUCACGACCGCCGCGAAUGCGACAGCGGCCGCCAGCGCUGGGGGGCCUCCCACAGGGAAUCCCACGGCGACAGUGGCCGCCAGCGCUGGGGGGCCUCCCGCAGGGAACGCCACGCUGUCGGUGCCACCCGGCGCCGACGCCACCAACGCCACCGUGGUGGGGGCUGACGCAGGCAACGCCACAUCGGCGAAGGGCACCGAGAAGAGCCGGGACGCGAUGAUGUCGAUCCUCAUCGGCACGUUUGUGACGGCCGUCUUCCUCAUCGCCAUCUUCUGGGUGCUGCGGGUUGGGAGGACCAUGGUGGGCCAGGAGGCCGACCCGUCGGCGCCGCUGCAGGACGCGGCGUCCCGGGCGUCGCGCGGGGGCUACGGGGCCAGGCGCGCGCAGGCGGCCAGCGCGGCCAGGCAAGAGGGCGAGGCGUCCUUCUGAGCCGCGUCCGCGGGCGAGGGCUGCGCGCGUCGGACGGGGCUAGGAUGAGGAUAAAUCCGGACCGGAGCGUUCCAGGACGCUCUCAGAGCGUUCCGGAACGUUCUUGAGAACGUUCUGGAACGCUCUGAGCAGGCCGCGGCGCCCGAGACAUCC